CGUGCGGAUACCCGGCGUCGGAAUGGGCUGCUGGCUGGGCCCCGAGGGUGGUGGCGACGUCGCCGAAGAGAUGUCCAAGAACGCACUCAAGUGUGGAUACAGGCACAUUGACACUGCUGCUGGAUACUUCAACGAAGAGCUCGUCGGAAAGGCGAUUCGAGAGUCUGGCAUCCCGCGCGGCGAGCUCUUUGUCACGACCAAGCUUGCAUACUUCCAUGGACACCGCGUUCGUGAAGCGUUCGAAGACUCCUUGAAGGCCCUUGAUCUCGAGUACAUCGACCAGUACUUGAUUCACUGGCCGAUGGCGCAUACCCUGGACGGUGCACGCGCCCGUUCAUUCGAGGAGCAUCCAAACUUUGUCGACAUUUGGGCCGAGAUGGAGAAGCUCCUCGACACAGGCAAAGUCCGCGCCAUCGGCGUCUCCAACUUCUCCAUAAAGAACCUGGAGAUCCUGCUCAAAGACGCCAAAGUCGUGCCGGCGAACAACCAGGUCGAGAUCCACCCCUACCUCCCGCAGCACGCGCUACAACAGUACUGCAACGAGAAAGGCAUCCUCCUCUCCGCGUACUCCCCGCUCGGCCAGGGCAACCCGAUGUUCUUCAGCGACCCCGACUUUGCCAGGAUCGCCGAGAGCCACGACGCCACGCCGGCUCAGAUCUCGAUCAGCUGGCUUGUCCAGCGGGGCACGCCGCCAAUCGUGAAAAGCGCCAAUGUCGAGCGCAUGAAGAAGAACAUCACCCUCGUGAAGCUCUCCCAUGGGGAGAUGGAGAUCAUCGACAACAUCCACAAGAAGCCCGGCGCGCACAGGUCGCUGCUGCCGUACCACGAGCCCGACGGCACGGUGCUCAUGUGGACGUACGAGCAGCUCGGGUGGCCGAUGACCGUGGGCGGACUCGUCGAGGCGUAGAGCAAUGCGACGAUGGUGCGUCGUCCGCCGAGACCGUCUUCCACGGGACUGUCUGUAACAGAAAUUUCCUCGUCCAUGUGUUCGUGUGCUGAUCUCGAGGAGGGCUUUGCCGGGGCAGCUGAAAUCACGGGGUAUUGAUCGAUACUACAUAGGCUAUGCUGCUAUAAAGAU